UCUGGAGAAGGUUGCAGUGUAAGGAUUGUUUUCUAAUCUCAAGGUAGACCUAUCAUACAAGGAUCUUCGGAUUUGUAAUCUCGUCAGCCAUUCACAAGAAAGAUAGGCACCAAUUGAACGCGACGAGACAACACGGCCGAUUAUGUAUUGUGUACUCGAGCUUGUCCUACUUAUGCAGCACACCGUCGUUGCGUAGGAGGAGCAUUGUUCUCCGGCUUUGAAUGAAUGGAUUUGAGUCCGCGUAAGUGUGAAACAUUUAUCAGUUUGGCGUACGCUAGCUCGGGUGCGUUUCGAAAUUGCCCGCGGUUAGUGAUUCCACCAACCCAAAAGGACACAGAUUCUAAUCGCAUUUCGACAACUGACACAAUUUUACCAGACAACUUUGAAGUUAUGACUCUGGUAGCGGAGCACCUACUCAUGGACACGUUCGGCUCGGACUUCGACUCUCUGCCACCAUCACUUUUUAAGGAUUUUCCCGAAGAUGGCUUCAACAUGAAGAAAAAAUCAAUGACGAGCAUAGAAGAGGAUAUUAUGUCUGAUUAUUCAUUUCCUCCAACUCCGCCGAUCUCGCCGGGUUGUUCGUCUAUCGCGUCUGAGAUCGGCGACCCAGAGCGCAUCCAACCAGUCUGCGACGAGCUCGAGGAUGACUUCAACUUCGCAGCGGAGGAGAAAUCUCUUUACUUCCAGGAGAACGACUUCAAGGAUAUCUUAAUUAAGGACUGUAUGUGGAACGGAGCUGCUUUUGAAAACGCAGACAAGAAGCACACGACAGCAGCCAAGCAGAAAGUGAACACGAGUCAAUUGGAAAAGAUCCGCUUACUCUGUCAAACUCCGCCGAUCGCCGAGUCGACCGCGCGCGUUCUGAGCGUUGAUCCCGCCGAGAUUUUCCCAUUUCCCAUAAAUGCUGACUCGACUGAUGGCCCCAAGGAUCUGCAUGAAGGCAGUGACUCCGAAGAGGAAGUAGAUGUCGUUACCAUUGAGCAUUCGGCCAAAAAGGAGGGGGAGGUAGAAAAACCGACUGCUGACGAUGUGGAAAUGCCAGAGACUCCUGACGAAAUCCUUCCAAGUCCUUCCCCGUCCGAUGCCUCGACAUUCGAGGACUUCGAUGAUGAAAAAACAGAACUUACGGGAAAAAUCAAAUCGCGCAAAUCUAAAAAAUCUUACUCGCAUGAACUAUCGUUUUACAAACAGGGAAGAAAGUCAUCUAAGACAAGUAAUUCGGGAUCGGGAGAUAGCGACGAAUCUGAGAAUGAUAGCGAAUACACGAGAGCUACGCACAAUGUACUCGAACGAAAGCGCCGCAACGAUUUGAAACUAAAGUUUCAAAAACUUCGGGAUGCUGUACCGGAGUUAAAGGACAACGAGAGGGCUCCGAAGGUGUCAAUCUUGCGCAAAUCCUGGGAACACAUUGUACAAUUAAAGGAGGACGAGUUAAAACUCGUAGCAGAGUUCGAGAAACAGAAAAAGAUAAAUGCUCUUUUGCUGAAAAAGUUGCUCUCGCUAAAUAAGCAAAAUUAAUAGCACCGAUCACUGGCAAAGUGACGGUAUUGUAUAAAUAGGAGCAAAGUAUUUAAUCGAUAUAUUAUAUAUUAAUUCACAGUUUUGUAGAAAUGCUUAUGCGUAGGAGAGGCGCUAUUUGUAGAGUACGCACGAGUCAUUCGGUGCGUGGGAUUUUUGCCGGCUUUAAAUCCAAUUCAGCACUGCCAUAGAAAAGUUAAAGCAAGCCUACAGGAUAAUUGAGAAAAUGCAAGACGUAAAUGCUAUGCAUUUUGAAUAUUAUAAAUCAAGAGCAAUGAAGGGUUGAGGCGGCAGGAAAUUUAAGAAUGAAUGAGAGAGCGAAGAAAAUGAAUAGGUUUAUCAUACGCCUUGAAAGGCGCGCAAGUGAAAUAGGAGUAGAGAUUUGCUCGAACUUUUAAAGCACAGUUUCACUACAUAAAUUAUCAAUUUCCACAAUAAAAAUAUCAGUUUAUCAA